CUCAUUUAAAAUUCAGAGCGUGAGCUAUUGCAUUGUCCUUUUUAUUAAGCACUUGUCGGUCAUGCAAGUCUACUGCGGCGUUUAAUGGUCCUUUAGCUUACAACUUGGCCGGGGCUUUAACAAGGGGCAGGUACAAAUCAGUUACAAGAUCAAGAUAGAUGCUGCUUCCUUGAAUAUACUGAUCCCACACCCAUUCCAUCCAGCCAAACCAAGCAACUGACGUCACAUGUGACCUUGACUAUAUCAAUCUGAUGUAGUGGCAGAGAUACAACAGACACCAUUUUUUUGAAGAAAGAAAGUGAGAGGGUUUGGUAAUGAAAUAACAUAGUGGAAAAUAAAGUGUUAGUGGAAUAAAAGGGAAAGGAAGGAAGAGGAGAGGGGGUACAAAUUACAGAGAAAAAGAAAAGAAGGAAUAAAAAGAAAGGGAGAAAAGUAAUCAGGAGUUGAAAUUCAAGAGAGAAAAGUACAAUAUAAGAAGUAACAAACGUUUUAAGUGAGGUUAGAGAGUAAAGAAGGGAAGAAAAAAUGUUUGUAAACAAGGAGAGAGAAAUUAGACAACAAGUAUAAUAUUUGAGUAAGGGGUUAUAAUUUUAAAAGAGAAAUGAUAAAGAGUGAACGUGAAUAAGGAAAGACAGAUGGAAAUUAGACAGCAAAGAUACAUUUUAAAUAAGGGGUAUUAGGCUAAAAACAGAGAAAAUAAAGGGAGGGAGCACAAGAGACCAUAGAGGACAAAGAAAGAAGGGGACGUGAAUAAACCUGGGAUAAGAAAGAGCUGGAUGAGAAUAAGAACACCAAAACAAAGACCUUUUGAGAGAUUAAAAACAGACUACUAGUUACGGUUCCAAUGGCAGUUGUCUGCAGAUUUCCGUCUUUCUCCUUCCUUGCUCCUAGGGUCCUCAGUAGUCUGGCAAGUGGAGGGGGAUCAGUUGCUCAGCAGCACACAGGAAUUAUGGUGCCUAAUGAUCACAAAGGCACCAUUAAGGAACACAAACUAUCUUCUGACCAUAUGGAAUCUCCUAAGAAACCUGGCAGUAGCUCCUCAUUAGUGGACCGCUCAUUGGUACGGAGGGAUAUCCGAGCCUUCCUUAGAGAUUGUGGUGGCACCCCAAGAGAAGCACGCCAUUGGUUGGCCCAGUUUCAGGAAAUGCACUCCGCCUAUCAGAAGGUUUUUGCUAUUAUAGAGGUGGACGAGAAUGUGUUCAGCUGCAAGAAGUCCUUGAGCAGUGUGGCUUUUGCUCUCUCCUUUCUCCAGCGGAUGGACAUGAAGCCGUUGGUUGUGAUGGGUCUCCCCAACAUGUAUUCUGCACAAUCAUCUGUCACUGACACCAAGCCUUUACUGGUACAGCAUUGCCAGACUCUGGUGGAUGCUAUGCAUACCUGCUCAGGCACUGCCCUGCCUUUUUUCAAUGGAGGGUCUGUCCUAACAUCCCGUGAGAAAGACGGCUGGUACAGUUUUUGGAUUUAUGGUUCAGUUUUAGCAGUGAACACUGAGCUACUUACCUGGUGCCUGAACUCUGGGAAUGUUCCCAUUAUUUGCCCUAUUGGCGAGACGCCCUCCGGCCGCUCUGUCCUUUUGGACUCAUUAGACGUGACAGCCAGUAUCUCUCGGAUUCUGCAGCCACUGAAAAUCAUCUUCCUAAACACAAGAGGUGGCCUGAAGGAUCUUAGUGAAAAGCUUAUUGGACACGUAAAUCUCCCAGCAGACCUUGAGCUAAUGAAAAAUGCAGUUUGGAUGAGUACAAGACAAAGGCAGCAAGUAACAGUUAUUGUGGACCUGCUUAACCGUCUGUCACCUGCCUCUUCUGCUGUCAUUACCUCAGCUCGCACACUGCUCAGUGAACUCUUCAGCAAUAAAGGAUCAGGAACACUGUUUAAAAACGCAGAACGCAUGCUAAGGUUUGACUCCCUCCAAGACGUGGACAUUCAGCAGUUGGUGUCACUAGUGAAUCUAUCCUUUCAGAAAAGACUGAAGGAUGAUUACAUCAGCAGUGUGGCAUCGCGACUGCACUCCAUAUACCUGUCUGAGGGGUACAGUGCAGCUGCCAUUAUUACCACUGAGCCAGUGUUGGGAGGGACACCAUACUUGGACAAGUUUGUGGUAGGCUCCGGUCGACAAGGGCAGGGAUCUGGGCAGAUGUUGUGGGAAUGUAUCAGACAAGACCUGCAGACCCUCUUCUGGCGAUCUCGAGCAACCAAUCCUAUUAACUCUUGGUACUUUAAGAACAGCGAUGGCAGCUUUUCUAACAAGCAUUGGAUAUUUUUUUGGCUUGGUCUAGCAGACAUAAGGGAUUCGUAUGCGCUAGUUAACCAUGCCAAGAGCCUACCAGACUCCUUCUGCAAACCCACUGGUUCUUGAGAUAAAGGAAAGUCGUAGGAUCAGUCGGAUACAAAUAGAAUUGAUUUUAUGACACAUUAACCAUGGUCACUGUGAAAAGCAAAAAAAAAAGGAAGUAUAUAAAGUUGUGUAAUUCUGUG